AUGUGGCCGCAUUGGUUUGUGAGAUUAAAAGAUGAAAUAAGUGAAAUAAUUUUAACAAUGAAACAAAUGAUAUAUAGACCUGUAAUGAUGAUUCUACAUUGUCUUUGGCUGACUAUUACGCUACAAGAAAAAACGUGGAUUCAAAAUGCUAAACAAUUAGCCGAACAAGAUAGAUUGAAAAAUGAUGAUAUUGGGCCAAAUGAACAAAUUCAAGGAACGGCUCUAGCAUAUGAAAUGACUCCACCGUCUCUAGCAGUUCGUUCAGCAUUACGAUUACAAUUUUGGAUAUUUUACUGGAAGCUCCUACGUGAACAAAUCAGAUUAGCGAAAACACUUCCAGAUAGUCUUACAGAAACUGGUCAACCUGUACCUACGACGGCAAAACUGAUACCAGUUCUGACAGAAAAUAUUGAUUUAUUUAAUAAUUAUAUGAAUUUUGAAUCAAUCAGUUUAUGUUCAUUAAUGAAACGUGGACGUUAUUUAGUAGUUAAUUUUGGUAGUUGUACAUGA